CAGCAGUUAGCUGCAGAGUCUGGCCUUGCUGCUUUCCUGAGUUUCCUCAAGGCUGCUCUCAUCCCAGACCUACACGCUUGCUAAGCACUAGGAAUCCACCAUGCCAAUCAAACCUGUUGGGUGGAUAUGUGGGCAGGUGUUGAAGAACUUUUCUGGAAGAAUUGAGGGGUUCCAGAAAGCCAUCAUGGACCUCAUAGAUGAGUUUAAAGAUGAAUUUCCUGCCAUCCUAAGAUUAUCGAAGUCUAACCAGACGAAAGAAACUACACAGAAAUCAUCCCAAGUCAACAUGGCUCUCGCAUUAGCCAAGAUCAACCGGGGAACGCUGAUUCAAGGAUUAAACAGGAUAUCGCGAUCCUCCAAAUCAGUGGCCAGACUUCUGCAGCCUCAGCUUAAGCACAGGCUUUUAGAACUAAGGGGCAUAUCUCACCGUCUGCUGCGAGAGGUCAAUGCACCAACGCAACCCCUGUACAACAACGUGCAGGUCGGAAGGGGUUCUUUGUUUGAAAUCAUUUCAUUUCCUGCCAAAGCUGCUUUAACUAGUAUAAUCUAUGCUUCCUAUGCAACACUAGUCUAUUUGGCAGUCUGUGUUAAUGCUGUGCUGGAGAAAGCAAAGAACAUUUUCAAAGAAGAAGAAUCUAUAAGGCGAAACCAAGAAAAUGAACUUUGUAGAAAAGCCUUUUCUGAACCUGUGCUUCCAGAGCCGGUGUUUCCUGCAGCCGAAAUCAAAGCGAAACCUUACAGGUCACUGCCAGAGAAGCCAGACAAGGUUUCAAAUCAACCCACACUUCCUGACAAGGGAAGCAAUAAGAUCCAGGUUUUACAUUCAGUGUUUGACCGAUCCGCCGAAAUGAAUGAAUAAGCAAAUCUUGAACCCAAGUAUCACUGUAGAGCACCUGUGUUACCUACUGGCACAUUUCAUCUGGCAACACCAGGAGACUAGUUUCUAGUGCUCUGCUUUAGCCAAAGGAGAGGGCAGAACUUCUACUGUUUACAUGGCAGAAAAAGUAAAAUGAAUCUUGAUGUAAAAAUGUUCUAUAUGGUUACACAGUGUUCUUACUUAUUUUUGUGCCAGGACUGGGGCUUGAACUCGGGGCCUUGUGACCUUCCUUGGCAUUUAUUUCCACUCAAAUCUUGGUACUCUACUGAUGGAGCCACACUUGCAUGUCUGGUUUUUUUGCUGGUUAAAUGGAGAUAAGAG